AUUUUGAUUGUCUAACAGCUCUAUGUGGUUGAAAACAGGCAGAUUGAAGUGUUGGUAUUACUCAUAAAGCUCCCCACUUUCCCUACUUGGCAACAGCGACAGGGAAAAGCAAGGAGGGACUCUGUCCUAGAUAUAACACAGACAUCAGCAAGUCAAAGAGAGAAACACAUCCAGAGAGAAAGUGGGAUAGCGGAGAAGAGAAGCAGACAGCUGAGGAAGCAGCUAGGGGGGAAAAAGAGGAGGGGGCAGACACAAGGACACAGACAUGAAGACAGAGGAAAUUAGGAUGCAGAGGCAAGUGGAGAAAUUUUUAAAGCAAGGGCAGAUGAGAAGAAAGAGGGAGAAAGAACAAUAAAGAAGUCGUUGCACCAUCUGCUCCCACUGAGAGAAACAUGUUAGCCAUUCAGACGACAGCAGGGAGGCAGCCAGCGAUCUGCAGUGAGAUACAAACAACCCCUCCUGAAUGGCAGUCAGAAUGAAGAGCCUGCAUAUUAAACACAGGAGACUUUCGUUUAAGAGAGCAGAGUAAACCAUGCCAAGAUUUGACCAGCAGGCGAUGUCUCUGUCUGGAGAAACACCCACUGUUAGUUGUCUUUUGUAAGAUAUUCGUAGCAUACUGAACACUGGUGCUGUACUAUUUUUAAUUUUAGCUAUAUUAAUUUUUCCUGACAAGCUGGAGCUGUGAGAACAAAAGAUGCACACUCCAGCCUCCAUGGUGAUGGGCAUCGUUUUUGCCCCGUUGGGUUUGGUCCUAGUCUUCACUGCUGCCAUCACCCCCCAGUGGAGAGAGGGACAGGCACAUUUGGGAAUGGCAGGACCGGGAAGUCUGCUCCGGUCAGGAACAAAAAGUCAUGGGACCAGGUCCGGUUCAGUGGAGGCACUGAUCUUGUUGCGCUCUGAUGGACUAUGGGAGAGCUGCCUGCAGGUGGAGCGCUCUGACUUGAGGCAGUGCUGGCCUGUGGCUGGUCCGUAUCAGAGAGACCCCAGGGUUCGUCUGGCACAGGGUUUGGUGCUAACCUCCUUGUUCCUGUGCGGCACUGGCAUUGUCCUGGCUUGUAUCGGGGUCCGCUGCUGGGCAGAUCUCCCUCUGAGAGGUGUAGCAGCCUCAGGAGGACUUUUGGUGGUGACAGCAGGGCUGCUGAGCCUGACUGCGUUAGGGGUUUACACCCACAACCUUAAAAGACUCGGGAUGGAUCCAAGUCAAAGGAUUCAUAACCCACGGUACCCACACCUCAACUUGCAUCCAGCUGGCUCGCUUUACUUUGGGUGGCUGGGUUCGUGUCUACAGGUUUUGGGAGGCGCCGCUUUGCUUUUCAGUUUCAAACGACCACGAUGCCCAACCUGCCCAUCUAGGCAUGAGCUAUCUGUCUCUCCCUGCCACUCAUGUCCAGAAAUGACCAACAAGCCUGACAUGGAUGUAUAUGAAGUUAGUUGUUAGCAGCUUGUCCAACAUUUUAAAAUUUGUAAGAAAGCGUGGACAGAAAAGAGAAAAAUUAGCAUUAAGGGCACUUUCUAAAACCCCUUUUAUCUUUUCAGUGUGUAGCUUAUGUAAUGACAAGUCAUAAAUUCAUAAAUGACUGUGGACUACCAGACACUGCUGCUUAGUAAUGAACUGCCAUGCAGGUUUAAACAUAAUGGAUGUAGCUCUCCUUUAACACGGGAACAAACAUGAUCUGGGGGUGUAAAUAAAAACAAAUGGAUGAAUGUCACGUUAGAAAAAGAUUCAACAUCACGCUGCCUUUAAAUGCAACAUGUGGUGAAACACGAUUGAAGUAUUGCUUUGUGUUGCCUUUACAUUGUAGCCAUGCAUUUGUACUGUUAAGAAAAAAAAUUGUCUGAACAGAACUGUGAAUCAUAGAUGAUGUCAGGAGAAGCCUGAAAAAAAAUGGCUUAAAUUCUUAAGAUCAUCACACUCAGUUUCAUCUGUGUUAAGUUGGUUGUUAAAAAAAAAAAAGCUUUACAUUUAUAUGUGAUAUCCUGUUUUGUUGAUGAAUUUUUUGCUCUUGAGCACAGGAGGAGCUUUCACUGGGUAAAUAUUAUAUUUCUGGAAUAAGAUGAGCAGCACGAAGAUUAAAGAAGGCGUAACAGGAGGAUAUACUAAAGGGUAUUUUCUAUUCCUUGCAAAUGACUUGUUUGUAUUGUCAUUUCGUGCUCAUAUUUGUUGCACUGAAUAAAAAACUAUU